AUGACAGAUAUCCUCGCAUGGGAACCACCAUCGUGGUGGGCUCCCAAUGCCAUGACCGAAACCCCUUCUAAAACGGACCUGCGCAUGUUCGCCUUGGGAUUGCUCCAUGGGGAUCGUUCCAGACGGAUUAAAUCCGCAUAUGCGAAAGCGAAGAGAUGUAAAGUAUGCUGCAACAAUGCGUGGCCUACAGCAUCAGGCGGCAUCUUUGUUUAUAGUCUGCUAUCGUCCGCUGAUAAGGGGUGCGCUGGUUGUUUGACACUAUGCGGUAUUUUAAACAGAUGUGCUUUGUUUUCCAAGAACUCAAGCAAGCCAUUCGAGCUCUCCCCGAAUCAAUGGAUAUCGUGUAGAGUGGAGAGAUCAAGACUGGUUUUGGAAUGCUACCCAAGUGCCUCGUGGGAGGUAUUUGCUCCAGGAAAUCUCAAAAAUUCAUGGCAAAUACCGCAUCUGCCUCACGAAGUGGUAGCGAAUUCUGGUUCUGACCAAGCUGUCGAACGAGCGUCGUCGUGGCUGCAGAAUUGCGAAAAUAACCACGAGUUGUGCAGAAGUGCCAAUUCGAGCCUGCCGACUCGCGUUAUCUCGAUUCAAGGGCCGGAUACUAUCAAAUUGUGCGAGACUGAUGGCGAGUUUGAACCUUACGUUUGUCUAAGUCAUUGUUGGGGUAAAGGUGAAGUUACCAAGACUGAGAAGGCAACUUUGUCCACGUACAAGCAAAACAUACCCUGGCAAAAAGUUCCCCGAACCUUCCAAGAUGCGAUUUCUUUCGCCUCCAGACUGGGAUACAAGUAUGUCUGGAUCGACAGCCUUUGUAUCGUACAAGACAGCGUCGAGGACUGGCGAAGCGAGGGUAGUAAGAUGGCGCAGAUAUAUUCUGGUGCUGACUUCACCAUUGCUGCUACAGCAUCUAAUCGCCCAUCGGAGGGGUGUUUCCGCCAGACUACAAACCGCCCAACUAACAUAUACUCGUACCCCGAUAUGAACGGCUCGAUGCAGAAUGUGUGUGUUCGAUCCUGCAUAAAUCAUUAUACAUGGAGAUAUAGCGAAUACCCCUUGCUGCGCCGUGGGUGGACAUUACAAGAAUGCCUGUUGUCACGGAGAAUCGUGCACUUCACUGCUGAAGAGAUGUUCUGGGCUUGCAGGACUGUAAACGAAUGCGAGUGCUCAUUUUGGUGGGACCUCCCGUCUUUACCAUUCAAAAAUUUGCGCAGCCCCAAAUAUCUGACAGCAGCGAGGUCCUCUAGCGAAGCGGAAUACACAGAUCUAUGGCAUGCUAUUGUUAGCGAAUACAGUAAUUCGUCCUUGACAUAUGAGACAGACUGCUUCCCGGCUUUACAGGGCAUCGGCAAGCAGUUGUAUCAACUCAAGAAGUCAGCAUAUAUGGCUGGCCUGUGGGAAAAUAGUAUCAUACACGAUUUAUUGUGGUACUCUGAUCACAAGGACAAAUCAUGCAGACCGCAACAAUGGCGCGCCCCCUCAUGGUCAUGGGCAUCUGUCAUUGGUCGGGUCACAUGGCCAAACUGGAGUUCAGCCUGUACGCUUUUAUCUACGUAUGUCACCAGAGAAAUUUUGCCUGCAGGGGCAGAUGAGUUCGGUGAACUUUUGUCCGCAAAAAUUACUUUGCGAGGUCGAUGUCUGCUAGACAGUAUGGAAGCCACUUACCACUAUAACGCGCCGCUAUCCACAACUAUCCAAUACCGGGACCAUCGAGCUUGGAGGAAGUGUCCUCGUAAUGUUUACCUUGACUUUGAAUUGGAGAGUUCAGGUAGACCUUCCACGCCUCCUAGACAGGUGAGAACGCUCAUCCUGAGUGUAUACCAAAUGCAGUCGAACAAUCUCUUCGAUGCUUUGGUCCUGCGACCUUUGGACACUGCAAAGCACACAUACGAGCGGAUUGGUUUGGUAGAGUUCGAAACUCGCAAUGGGUAUGAGGUGUCUGACCUUCCUUUGGGAAACGAAGAAACUCUACACAUCGUUUGA